AUGGCUAACUUCCGCUUGGGCGUUACCCUAGCUGGGGUGGCUCUUGGGGCACUGGUGUUUUUGCAGCUGAUUGCGGUAUUCAAACUUGAUGUCCAGUCACCGCCGCCGCCUAGCUUUAGUUCAAAUUUCAACCAGUGGAAAGCCAGAGCGAACGCGGAGGCAGCUGAUGAUAUCUUUUUGGUCGGAGCGGGCAAGGCAGACGUAACUGGGCCCGUUGUGGAACUUGCCCUCGCUGGCUAUGCCAGUUUGGACCAACUAGGUACUGGUCUAAAACAGAGACUGUAUUCCCGCGCCUUCAUCUUCGCAGACCCAAACAACCCCGAUGACACUUUUGUGUACCUAGUUCUCGAUACACUUACCGGUGACACCGCCGUGCGACAUGGUGUCCUGGAGGGUCUCACUGCGCUCGGUGGGAAGUAUGCAAGGUACGGUGAACACAACGUCGCAAUGACGGGGACACAUUCGCACUCCGGCCCUGGAGCGUGGAUGAACUACUUGCUGCCCCAGGUACCGUCAUUGGGUUUCAACAAGCAAAGCUAUCAAGCUAUUGUCGAUGGUACUAUUCGAUCAAUCAUCCGUGCCCAUGAGAACUUAGAGCCAGGUCGGCUCUCUUUUGGAUCCAUCGAUUUGCAAGAUACCAAUAUCAAUCGCAGUCCUUUUUCAUACGAGCAUAACCCUAAGGAAGAACGAGCGCGGUAUUCUGCCGAUGUUGAAAAAACGCUCUCGCUUAUUCGUUUUGAUCGCGAAUCUGAUAAGAAAACAACGGCUGUCUUGACAUGGUUCCCUGUUCACGGCACAUCUUUGUACAACAAUAACAGUUUGGUCACUGGCGAUAAUAAAGGUGUCGCAGCUUACCUCUUCGAGCGCAGCAUCCACGGCGAUGAGCGGUUUACCGACGACGCCGUUAUUGGAUUCUCCCAAGCGAAUGUCGGGGACACAUCGCCUAAUAUCUUGGGAGCCUGGUGUGAAGACGGCUCUGGAGAGAAGUGUCGAUAUGAAGAUAGCACUUGCGGUGGCAAAAACGAGGCUUGCCAUGGUCGAGGUCCUUUCUUCCGAGAGAAAGAUAACGGAGCGAAAAGCUGCUUCGAGAUUGGGCGCCGUCAGUACUCAGCAGCAAAGAAGCUUUACGAAGAAAUGGACACCACCCCUAUUAAGAUUACUGGAAGUUCGGCGGUGAAGUCUUUCCAUGUGUACAAUGACAUGAAUGGCUACACUUUCCCCUCGCCAUUCAACUCUAGUACGCUAACGACUUGUCCUGCGGCUAUGGGGUACUCAUUCGCCGCUGGAACUACAGACGGACCCGGUGCCUUUGACUUUACCCAGAAUGCUACUGGUCCAGCUGGAAAAAACCCCCUGUGGAAGAUUGCGCGUGCAGUUAUCCACCAGCCCAGCAAAAAGCAGCAGCAGUGCCAAAGCCCCAAGAACGUGCUAUUGGAUAUUGGCACUCUCACUGAACCUUAUGCAUGGGCCGCGGACAUUGUUGACAUACAGGUUUUGCGAGUAGGUCAGCUCUUCCUCGUUAUCUCCACCAGCGAAGCUACCACGAUGUCUGGACGACGCUGGAAGGAGGCUAUUGCGAAAGGAGCAAAGAAACAUCUUUCCGUUUCCGACCCCCUAGUGGUACUGGGCGCCCCAUCAAAUAGUUACGCUCACUACGUGACAACCGAGGAAGAAUACAACGUCCAGCGCUACGAGGGCGCGUCCACACUCUACGGCCCAAACACACUAGCAGCCUAUGUCAAUUUGACCCUCACCUACCUGCCAUAUUUGGGAAGCUCCUCGGAAGUUGUAAAACUUCCAGCCAUCCAACCCGGCCCCACCCCACCAAUCAACACCAACAUCUCAUUGAGCUUCAUUCCGGGGGUUGUGUAUGACGGAACGCCCCCUAGCAAGCACUUUGGAGACGUGGUAUCAAAUCCAGGGAGUGGACCCUAUGGACCCGGAGAUAUUGUCAAGACGACCUUUGUUGGCGCCAAUCCCCGCAACAAUCUACAUCUCGAAUCGACCUACGCUGCAGUUGAAAGAAAAUCCGAUUCUGGGAAAUGGGAGGUCGUGCGCAAUGACCGCGACUGGAACUUGGUCUAUACCUGGAAGCGGACCAAUGGCGCUCUUGGCUACAGUGAGGUGACAAUUCAAUGGGAGAUUGAGGAUGAGUAUUAUAGUAUCGACACUGCGACCCCCCUGCAGGCUGGAACCUAUCGGAUGCGUUAUUAUGGAGACUCAAAGAAUCCUCUUGGCCAAAUCUCGUCAUUCGAGGGUAUUAGUGGGACUUUUACAGUUAAGACUUAA